CAUAACCUCGUUUUAUUGUUUGUUGUGUGGAGAGACUCGCAGGAAUCGCGCCCAAAUCCUGGUCAAAUCUCGAAGACAUCAGCAGAAUUUAGAGUGAUGGAAGUGACUCCGGAGAAGCCCGUGGCGGAGACUUCCCGCGGAAGCCGCCACACGCCAACGCCGAAGAUGUCUGAGCGGAAGAGGGCUCUCUUCGGGCGCUGCAACACCACCAGCCUGUGCCUCAGCAUCGACGAGGACUCAGAUCUGGGUCCCAUGAGCCCCAUUCGCUACAGUCCCGUCGGCGACGAGUCUUCGGCCGCCGACGAGCGCAGCUUCCGGAGCCUCCUGCUGACGAAGCCCGUGACUCCGGACGACGAGGUGUCUAACAUGAGCUCCGUGAUCUCAGAUCAGGCGCCCAUCUUCAGCGCCUUGCCGACCGCCGAAGCCGAGGAGACAAAGGAAAACCGUCCGGAAGAGUCGAUGAAGACGCCAGAGGUGGACAAGCAGAGCUACUGUCGCGACCUCAGAAUGUCCUUCAAGAAGUCCCUCAUCUUGGGUGACAUUGGAAUCCCUCAGGUUCUGGUGAACAAGAGCUCCCGCAAGUGGCUGGCCAAGUGGAACAGCGACGAGGAGAGUCCGAACGAGAAGCAGCCGCAGAAGGCCGAAGAGCUCGUCAAGGCAAAGACAUCGCUGUCCUUCGAGAUGCCUGCCAUCGCGCCGGUGCGCUUCUACGGGUCGGGCGCCAGCAAGGCGGAAAAGCGCGUGGUGCACGCCAAGAACGUCGCCAGCACGAGCCGGCGGUACUCGCGCGGCCCCAAGAAAGUGGGCCUGAUUAACAAGGGCGUGAGCCACAAGAUCACCAAGCCGACGCGCAAGAGCAUCUUCAGAGCGUUGGCGCUGAAGGCCAAGCUAGUUGAGAAGAAAGAGGUGAAGAGUGACAUUUCCACCAGUCAAAUUCAGCGAUUGAACAGCAUUUUGAGGAAUGCGAAGAAUCCUCUGGACAUGGCGCGUCCUCUGCGUCUGCAGGAAGAGUCGUCGUCGGACGAGGAAGCGGCCGAGGAAGAAGAGGAGGAUGAGGAGGAGGAAGAGGAGAUUCAACCGAAGAAGUUCUUCAAGAGCGGUACGAAGCGCAGUAAGAAGAGACUGACGCUGAUUCAUGCGCUGUCAGCCACGGUAGAUCGCGGAAGAGUGGCGCUCGUGCCGCCGAAGAAGAGGAAGAAGGUGGCCAAAGAGGCUUUUGAUGACUUGGAGGAUUCCUUCUGUGACGAGCAAGAGCUGAAGGGCAUCAUCAACAAGCUGACGACUGAGGAGGAGAAGGAAGUGGAUGAGAUCAUAGCCAAAGUGCAAAGUGAUCCGCAUGAUAUGUUCAGGAAGAGGCUUCCCUAUCGGACGACCGACCAGGAGAUGAUUGAGCGUCAGGAGUCGAUUCUCGAUUUGCUGAUCAGCAAGGGAAUCUGCACGGAGGAGACGUUCAAGAUCUUCAUCAGCGAGCCGGAGGCACACAAAGAGGCGGCGGCGAAGAUUCUCGAUGAGAUGUUCGUGUUGACGACAGAACCGGUGGAGGAGGGCGUGUUUCCCAUCUUCAAGAGAGACUUCAGGGCGCCGGAAGUGGCGAGCGCGAAGGCGAGGCAGAUGAGGCGACUGUGGAAGCCGAUCGGCGCUGGACAGAUGCAGAUAGACGCUGGCCAGAGGGAGUUCGGCGCCAAGCUGUGCGGCGAGUGCAAUCUUGUCUACUCUGUCCAUGAGCCAGAGGAGGAGAAGCUCCACUGGGACUUCCACAGCGCCCUCAAUCACAUCAACUUCCGCGGCUGGCAGACGGAGAAUGUCGUGCUCACGGUGGCCUCGUGGGGCGCUGAGGGGCGCGUGAUUUGUGUGCAGAGCACGGACUCUCAGGCCAAGGUGAAUCGCGUGCAGCGACUGCUGGAAGUGGUGGACAAGGAGCUGGGCGCGUGCCCGCGUGUGCUGCACGCCAAGGCCAUCACGUACAUUGCCGUGGCGCACCAGCAGAUCAUGGGUGUGUGCGUGGCGGAGCCCAUCACGACUGCCAAUCGUCUGGUGCAGCGCAACGACGUCGACUACUUCUCUGAGGAGCGCUUCGGGGCGCACUGUGGCAUCCUCAGGCUCUGGACAGCGCUUCCCUUCCGCGGGCAAGGUGUCGCUAGACAACUCCUGGCCGCUGUGCAGAUGCACUUCGUCUUCGGACACGUGCUAACACUCGACGAGAUCGCCUUCAGCUCGCCCACGGACGCGGGAAAGACGUUCGCGCAGAAGUUGAGCGGCCGAAGCGACAUUCUUGUGUAUCCGUGAGUCUCUUUUCCACUGUUCAUUCCUCUUCAUCCCGUUCCUUGUGUUCAUUCCGUACAAAUCUCUCUGUGUCAUUCGAUUUUAUAUUCUCAUGAAAUCCUUAUUACUCAACACGGCUCUCUAAUAUGCCAUGAAUUCCGUAUUUUCGUAAGUUUUUCUUUUUGAUACUUGAAUUAUUUUUUGUGAAAUAUGACCAAUUUGAGCGAAUUCGUUCAAAGACUUCUUAGACAAUAAGUUUAUCUUUAGUACUUUGAUGAAAUUACAUGACAAUUUAUAUAGUAGCAAUACGAUUUUUUGUACCUAUUUUUCUAAUAAAGUUGUUGAAAAUAUGCAAUUUCUAAGGAUGAUCAAUUCAUUUUUCAUGGAUUUCCUCCCAUUUUCCAUCAUUAUUAAUUCGCAACUGGAAAAAUAGAGAAAAUCAAGACGAUUUUUGAAUUUCUUCUGUAAUUUAUUAUUCUUUCAAAAUUAUUUUACAGUAUUUUGGAACUAUUCUUUAAGUUGUUUGUUUUUGUUUUUAUGCAUACUUUGUUUUUAAAUUACGUGUGGGGUUUUUUUUAAAGAAUAUAAACAACAGAUUAGACUCUUGGAGUGUGUAUUGUGUGUCCAAUUGAUAAAUUAAAACUUAGACUUUAUCGAUACUCGUGGUUCUUCUCACUUGAAAUUGUCGCGCCGUUAGCUGUUCAAAAUUCUCUCUUGACGAAUUUUCCGUUUACUUUUUCUCUUUUCUUUUUAAUCAUUUAAAAUUAAAUGGCAAGUUUAGCUUUGUACUCGUGUCUUCUCUCGAAAGUUAUAUCGUCCUCUUUUUUUCCUAUACAAAUGUCUUGAGCACAGUUAGAUCUUUUAUUUGUCUUUACUAAAAAAAAAAAACAAA